AUGAUCACUAUAGUGCAUAAGGGUGAGUACACAACCUACAAGGUUCAAAAAGACCCACAUACCUUAUACCCUUUUGUCUUUAAUGACAUCAUGGGCCUGGCUACGGAUAAAGGUGUCUCAGUGGACGACGUCAAACUGGCUCUGAAGGGACACAUGAAGGAAGAUUAUGAGUUUAAUCCUGAAUCAACAUUGUCAGAGGAUAAUCCAUUCUACAACAACUGUCCAACUACCAAUGACAAAGUGCAUGUUCUGGUUUGUGUCAUUGAUGCCAACACAAUAACUUGCAUGACUGAACAAAUUUUGAAAAAGAUUCGCGACAUCAGGACUGAAGCCAAUAAACUGAAUAUUCCUCAAGUGGCCAUUUUCACCAAGAUUGAUGCGGUUUGUCCUGAAAUCAAAGAAGAUGUCAAGAAUGUCUACAAGGUCAAGUCCCUGAAGGAUAAGAUGGAGAAGUUCAGUGUAGAUGUGGGAAUUCCAAUUAAGAGCAUCUUCCCUGUGAAGAACUACCAUAAUGAAAUCAACCUCAACACUGACAUUGACUCACUGAUCCUGAGCGCCCUGAUUAACAUCAUCAACUUCGGAAAUGAUUGCAUCUUCCACAAGAAGACGAACAGAGACAGAGUGAUCUGCAUCAACCCUGUGUCUGCCGCAGCAGGAUUCUUCUUCAUGGACCAGUUGGUGCUGGAAAGUCCAGUUUCAUCAACUCUGUCCACAGUGUCGUAA